CCGCCCCUUUUGCUGAACCCGUUGACGCUCGUCUCGCCGUGUGACAUAUCCGCUCACUUCUACCUCAAAUUUCUCGACGCCAACUUGUUCGAUUCAAGAGGAGUCUCUGAACUAAAUCAAAUAAUCCUGUCCCGUCAGCUCGAACGUAUUGGUCGCUGGACUGGAACGUUGGUGGUUGCAGUUGAGUCUGCCUGUUCUGGAUCUUCACAAUGGGAACAGCACAGUUAACUCGUGAUGUCAUCACUCUCAAGGGGUCUGCUGCAAUAGUUAGUGAAUUUUUCUGUUAUGCUGUGAACAGUAUCCUCUUUCAGCGGGGCAUUUAUCCUACAGAGAACUUCGCCAAAGUGAAAAAGUAUGGCUUAACCAUGUUGAUUUGUGAAGAUGAGAAGGUGAAGACAUUCAUCAAUACUGUGACCAAGCAAAUGGGAGAUUGGUUAGAGACAGGAUCACUAGAGAGAGUGGUGCUUGUUAUUGCCAGCAUUGCAUCAGGAGAAGUUUUGGAGAGAUGGAGCUUCAACAUUGAGACGGACAAGGAAGUAACUGAGAAGGGCGUGACCAGAGAGAAACCGGACAAAGAGAUCAUGACAGAUAUACAAGGAGUGAUGCGACAGAUAACGUCCAGUGUCACCUUUCUACCUCACCUUGAUGAAGCUUGUACAUUCGAUUUGCUGGUUUACACACCACCUGAUUCCAAGGUCCCACCUCUCUGGGGUGAGAGUGAUGCUCGACUGAUAAACAAUCCUCAGGUUGUAAAACUGCGUUCCGUGGAUACCAAGGUGCACCGAGUGGAUGCCAUGGUAGCGUUUAAAUACGAUGGAUGAAUGUACCCCGUUAUUUUGUCCGAUUGUCAACUUGAUCAAGUUGACACAUACUAUUUCAAUCUUGGAGCUCUCUCAGCUCCAACCUAUGUCAGUCAAGCUUACAGCAGAUGCCGAGAUUUUCAACACGGCGCGCUUUGCGUGAAAACUCUCAACAACAAUAGAUUGUUGUGGACGUUCAAACUCCGGAAACUAUGGCGAUCUCCCACUGAACAUAAAACUUGAGGAUAGAUUGUGUACGAAGUGUAUCAAAACGAAAAGGAUAUAAAGACGAGGUAAACAAAUCUUCCUCCGAAUUUUUGUCUGAAAAGUUCCCAGCAACCUUGACAUAAUUAAAAACAAACGUAUAGAAUUAGUCACUACAUGCAAUUUGGCUGCCUUACACAUGUAACCUACUGAAGAUACUUGAAAGCUCCCAAAUAUUAUGUAAGGAUAUAAAUAUGCGAAAUCUUCUGAACUGACAGCUCCAUAUGACAAUUCAGGUUGGUUUGACUACCGUCCCCAUCCGUUGUAUUCCGGACCCCUCACACGAUAAUAUUAAUAAUCUUUUGUUGCCAUCUAUCCUAAAUUGGAUGAUCGACAGUAAGUGCACUCACCAACGUCGUUGAGUAUGCGUGGAAAGCGUCUCCACAGAACAGAGAAGGAUAUGGCGAACCGCGAACAUGAGGGAACAAAAGCAGUAGAGUAGAAGCGCAUCUUCACUGCACCGCUUUUCACGAGGAAUAUGGGAUAAACUUUGAAAUCUUCAGGACGCUAACUUUUUCAGACGGAUGAGGUAUAGUGAAGCGUGUGAUGCACAACACCAGCAAUACAUUCCUUGGACGCGACAGCAAGCGGCGAAGCUGUAUAUAAUUGCCACUCCGCUAGUUCUAUAUCAGCGUCCUUGAGGAGCAGAGUGGAGGUCCGAUCUAUCCAAUGAGAAGCACAAUCCGGUCUUAGAGUGCUCGAGGAACAUAUGUUGAUUAAUUUGUUCUAUUUCUGUUUGAAAGUGAGAGAGGAAGGCGCAAGCAUCAGGUUUCUGUCACAAAUCCCAGAGGAUUUCGCAUGCUUUGAUACCUUGGACCUCAAGACGUGUUGUGAAGCAAAUCGUGAGGUCUCUAUACUGGACAUCGAGUUGGCGAUUUUUCGAUGAUAUCUGAACACCAACCGAGGAUGUCAUGGAAACAGACCAGCUCGCUGUCUGUCAUCCCGUGACCCUGCAUUGUUGAACUUUCUUAGCCUUUACCCCAAGAUGUACAACACAGUUUAGUCUGCAUCUCUAAAGACAUACUUUCAUCUCCGAACAGUUAAUCGAUGUCACAGCCCUGGCAUUGUCCUUCAUGCUCAACAUCACAACUGGGGGUUCAUCAAUCGGCUCAAAGAAGACAUCCGGUGUGAGAGAAGUUGGAUCAUAAGAGAUGGUGAGGAUCUGGUUCAUUCUCGAAUUCAGUCUCAUAUCGAAUCAAAAGAGAACGCUCAUUCUUUCCAUCUCUCGUGACCCUUCUUCCCCGGUCGUUGAAUACUUAUCAGGAAACUCGAAUUCAUAGACUCUCUUCCGGGUUGUGAUUACAGAUGAUUCGUGGUAAGAUCUUACAUAGUCUUUGUUUGACACAGAUAACUUUAUCUUGUUCGCGAUACAGGUAAUACUUCCAACUUCCAUCCUUGAAAAUGAUCCGAUUUUACGUCUCUGAAGCAGGGAUCCUCUAAGUUAAAAUUGGGAACAAAUCCAUUCUACAAUGAUUAUUAUUUUAGCCGGGAAUUUGUGGCAUACGAGACUACUGAAGAAUUUUUAUUUGAUAUACAGGAGCACAGGUUAUACUCCAAGGAUGUGGACUUUGCAACAACCUAGAAGAAGUAAAAUCCUUUCAAGUCAUAGGGCUAGA